AUGCCGCCGCAUCGUCCGGUGAUGGCAGGAGAAACGGUCCGAUUUCUAGAACCACAGAACAACCAAACCUUCAUCGAUAUGACGUUCGGUGCUGGGGGUCAUUCACGGGCCCUUCUCGAUGCGGCUCCCGGUGCCACAAUUAUUGCACUUGAUCGCGAUCCACAUGCGCACCGGUUGGCGUGCGAGAUGGCCACUGAAUACCCCGGUCGUAUUCUACCGGUGCUGGGUCGCUUUUCCGAGUUGCCCUCACUGUUACGCACGCUUCCUGAGGGUUACGGACGGCAACGGUUUAUCGAUGGGAUCAUUUUCGAUUUCGGUUGCUCCUCGAUGCAGUUCGAUGAGGCAGCACGCGGAUUCUCGAUCGCGCACGAUGGCCCGCUGGAUAUGCGCAUGGAUAAGGAUCGCUGUCCGGAGCAGCUAUCGGCGGCGGAAGUGUUGGCACGCGUACAGGAGCAAGAUCUGGCUCGCAUUCUCAAGGUGUACGGGGAGGAAAAGCAGGCCAAGAAAAUUGCUCGCGCCAUCGUGAAUGCUCGGUUUACGGUGAAGCGUAUCGAAACGACGGCCGAACUGGCCAGUAUUGUAGCGCACUGUCUGAGCAGCAAUCAAGCAACCGAAACCGGUCCCGUCUCCAGCGCCAGUUCCUUCGAAUACCGUCAGGAUAAGCUACGCCGGCCGGCGCACGUGGCAACGAAAACGUUUCAAGCACUACGCAUCUUCGUCAACAACGAACUAAACGAGAUCAACUACGGUAUGGUGCUGGCGAAGCACUUGCUGCGAACGGGCGGUAAGCUUGUUACGAUCGCGUUCCACUCGCUGGAAGACACGAUCGUUAAGCGGCAUCUGACGGGGCAUGUGGUGGACGAUGUGGCCAGCCGGGUACCGCUACAGUUCAUCAGCCACACGCUUGCCCACGAAAACGACACAAUGCAGGAGAUGAUGAAACCGAACUGGCGGCAGCUUACCAAACAUGUCGUUGUACCAUCGGAGGCGGAAGUGACCGCUAACCCCCGGAGUCGAUCGGCGAAGCUGCGAGCAGCCGUACGGUUGUGUUGAGUGUUCCUUUAGAAAAGGUCUGAGUAGCAGUCAUGGUAGAGGUUUCCGUAGCAAUAAAGAACCAGGUUCCGAUCGAUAGUGCAUCGCGGACACACGAAUGAGAA